UCCCCUGGCCCUCCCGCCUCCUUGGUCCCUCACUCAUCUAACCUUCCUUUUUCACACCUUGCGUGAACUUGUGCUCUAGUGCAGGAUGAACUGUCUCCCACCAGCUACAUUGGGGAGGUGGGAGUGUGGAGACAGAGGGCACCCCCUUUUCCUCGUUCCCCAGCAUGGCACUGCCCCUAAGCACCUCGCACAGGACGGACUUCGUUUUUGGAGCGUCCUGUCUUUCUCUAGGUCUAGGGUGGUGGAUAUGGGACGCUGGCUGCAGGUCUCUCUUUUCCUAGGAGGCUCAGGUGGGUGUCAAGGGCCGGGACCCCCUUGUUUGGCCGUCCGGAGUGUUCCCUGCCCAAGCACAGCGAGGAGGAGCUGGGUCACAGGUCCUGGUGACAUCACGGGACAAUUACUGCCACAGAGCUGGAGAAGCUCGGGCUUGGUGACAGUGUGGACCUGCACGUGUAUGAGAUUCCCGUCGAGUACCAGACGGUCCAGAGGCUCAUCCCUGCCCUGUGGGAGAAGCACAGCCCACAGCUCGUGGUGCAUGUGGGGGUGUCGGGCAUGGCGACCACGGUCACACUGGAGAAGUGCGGGCAUAACAAGGGCUACAAGGGGCUGGACAACUGUCGCUUCUGCCCCGGCUCCCAGUGCUGCGUGGAGGAUGGCCCGGAAAGCAUUGACUCCAUCAUCGACAUGGACGCUGUCUGUAAGAGGGUCACUACGCUGGGCCUGGACGUGUCCGUGACCAUCUCACAGGAUGCCGGAAGGUACCUCUGUGACUUCACCUACUACACCUCGCUGUACCAGAGUCAUGGCCGCUCAGCCUUUGUUCACGUGCCUCCCCUGGGCAAGCCCUACAACGCAGACCAGCUGGGCAGGGCGCUUCGGGCCAUCAUCGAGGAGAUGCUGGAUGUCCUGGAGCAGUCAGAAGGCAAAAUCAGCUGUCGCCACAAACACUGAGAGCCUCUUGGGCCUCCCAAGAUCUCGUCCUACUAGAGACCCCAGGAGGGAUGUCCGCCCUCCCAGGACCUGGCCAAUGAGGAUCAGCGCAUCAGCUGGGGAUCUGAUUUGGAUCAAUAUUCUGACUUACACACUUCCUCUCCCUUCUUCCUCUGAGAAAGGGCUGGUCGCCUGGAAGGAGGUGGCUGAAAAUUUUUUUCUCUAUUUCCCUUUGCAUCUGGGACACAGCCCCAGUGACUGGGAAGCUGGUGGCUUCUGAUCUCCGCAGGGAAUCCCGGUCAGGUGGGUCUUUGCUCUUGAGCCCUCAGCUGGGGCCACCUGCUCACCUGCUUUUCUAAGUCUCUGAUGAAGGGAUUCUGGAGUUCCCUCCGUCCAUGACUGGUUUUUCCCAAACUUAAAACCUCCUUGAAGAGUCUUUGCCCUGAACCACGUCGCAACAGUCGGGAUGGCCCCAGAAAGGGCUGCCCUGGGAUAUGGCUGGAGCUUUUUUUUCUUCUCUUUCUUAUUCUCUUUUUUAAAAACAAUAGUGCUAGUUUGGGCACAGAGGAAUUUAUAUUCCCUUUGGUUAAAAGGCAGGAUUUCGUGGACAGCAACAUGUCUUUUCUUUUUCCUGGGAUGCAGCCCUGUCUUGCCUCUUUCUCUGAAAACAGGACCCACGUCUUUGUAUUGGA